GGGGCUUGAGCCAGGGAAGGGGGCGGAGCCGCCAAGGGAGAGAGGCAGGUGAGCCUGAGCCGGGGAAGGCGGCCAAGUAGUUGCGUCCUCCCCGGAGCCGAGCCUGCGCGCAGGUGCGUCUCUCUGCUCUCUCUUCCUUGCCUGGCCGGGGCUUGGGCGACCCAGGGUGGUGUCCCGAUGGGAGCCGGCUCCAAGGAGAGGGCUUGAGGGCACGGAGCGGCCGGGAUGGCCCUGGAGCUGAGCCAAGCCGAGCUGCUGGACUUCCUGUGCCAGUCGGGCGGGCGAGUGGCCAACGCCGCCUUGGUGGGCCACUUCAGGCGCUUCCUGCGGGACCCCGAGGCCGGCCCCGAGGAGCUGCAGCGCCGCCGGGACCAGUUCAAGGGCUUCGUCAACUCCGUGGCCACCGUCAAGACCGAGGGGACCGGCCCCGCCGCCAAGUACGUGGUGCUCAGGAAGCGCUACCGGGAGCUGGUCGGGGAAGAGGGCAAGGCUCCCCCCGACCAGUGCCGCAGGGCUGCUCUCCAUCACCCGGGAGGGGAGGAGCUCGGCUGCAGGGCCUCCUCUGCACAGCCCAAGGGCGGCCAGCCCGGCAAGGAGGCGCCUUUGGGGCCCAGGCUUCCCUAUAUUGGCCCUCCAGCCCCCCAAAGGGAGAAGCAGCCUCCCAGAGAGCUCAAUGGGACCCUCCCAGAGGCUUCUCUGGGUCUUCGGGGCUUGGCACCGGUCUCGGAAGGACUCAUCUUGCCUGUCAGUGGAAUGGGCCAAGGUGGCACCCAGCAAAGGAUUCAGGACUGGGUGGCAACCCAUCACUCUCCCACCGAAACCAUCCCCUCGGUGACCACCCUUCACUCUCCCAUCGCAACCAAUUCCUGCCCAAUUCUGGACCCCAUCUCCUUCCCUAUCAUAGAAAUGGGUGCUCCUCCAAGCCAAGGUGGCACCCAGCAAAGGAUUCAGGACUGGGUGGCAACCCAUCACUCUCCCACCGAAACCAUCCCCUCGGUGACCACCCUUCACUCUCCCAUCGCAACCAAUUCCUGCCCAAUUCUGGACCCCAUCUCCUUCCCUAUCAUAGAAAUGGGUGCUCCUCCAAGCCAAGGUGGCACCCAGCAAAGGAUUCAGGACUGGGUGGCAACCCAUCACUCUCCCACCGAAACUAUCCCCUCGGUGACCACCCAUCACUCUCCCAUUGCAACCAACUCCUGCCCAACUCUGGACCCCAUUGCCUUCCCCGUCCUAGAAAUGGGUGCUCCUCCAAGCCAAGGUGGCACCCAGCAAAGGAUUCAGGACUGGGUGGCAACCCAUCACUCUCCUACUGAAACCAACCCUUGCCCGACUCUGGACCCCAUCGCCUUCCCCAUCCUAGAAAUGGGUGCUCCUCCAAGCCAAGGUGGCAUCACCCAGCAAAGGAUUCAGGACUGGAUGGCCACACAUCCUGCUCCUGACUCGGAUAAUGCUUCCUCUCUGACGUCUGGACUCCAUCGUGCCUCUCGAGACCCCCUGCCCGUCUUCCGCAGCAUCCGGUGUCAACUGUCCCUUCAGGACCUGGAGGACUUCAUUGAGAAGGAGAGCUCUGCCAGCGAAGAAGGGAGCAGUGCCAGCGGAGGGAGCGACUCCCACCGGACGGAAGGGGAUACGGGCUCUCCUCUCCGUCGUUUGGGGGUUCGGAGCAGGAUCGAGGCAACCAGGACAACUGGGCCAAAGGGGCCAAACACCAAACCGUAUGCCAAUGGGCCAAGAGGGAUGCCACCUCCUGCCAAGCAGAAUGGCACAAUCCCCGGCCACCUUGUGUCAGUCCCUCAGUCAGUCCAAGGCAACAAACCAAGGGGCAAAGAAGCUGAGCAGCCAAACGCAGAUUUACCCAAAGCUAAAAAAAUAGCCAGGGCUCCUCCUCCCCCAAAUCUUGAUGCUUUGCUUAGUCCACAACUGGUCUCAAAACAAGGACGUGCAACUAAUAAACCGGAUUUGGACAGACUGGCUCCAGACAUGGAUGGGUCAUCUGAGCACAGGUCCUCCUUGGUACCGCUAGAGCCCCGAGAGCACGCUUGGUUGGUGAAGGUGGCCACAGGGUCCUGGAUGCAAGCCCGGGCUCUUCUCCUCGAAGAUCCCUACCUUGCCACCCGCAAGGACUUCAUUUCGGGCUAUACGGUGCUCCAUUGGCUGGCCAAACACGGGAAUGUCCAGGUGUUGCUGGAUGUUGUCACUGGUGCCAAGAAAGCCGGUGUGCCUCUAGAUGUGAACGUCAAGUCUGGCUGUGGCUACACACCACUGCACUUGGCGGCCAUGCAUGGGCACCAGCUGGUCAUCAAGGUCCUGGUGCAGAAGCUGCAGUGCCACGUCCAGGUGCGGGACGGCAGCGGCAAGAGGCCCUGGCAGUACCUGAGCAGUGCCACUUCGGGGGAAGUUUGGCAGCUCUUGGGGGCACCUCGGGGCAAAACCAUCUUCCCAGCCCGUCCUAUUACCAGGCCCAACAACUCUCCUGCCAGAAAGGGCAAGAGUCCAGAGCUGGGCAGAAAAAUUAGCAGGACUGCUUCCUUGGCAGCUUACUUGAAACCUCAACACAUCAAGUGGAAAAGGGGAAACAAAUGCCCCCCGUUGCAUGAGAGAGAGGAAUACAGUGAUUAAAACUGCUGGGAUCCUUGCCGAACAGAGAUUCAAAAUGUGAGACCCUUUGUGGCCCAGGUUUUCUUCCGACUGCACUGUGGGAUCUAGAAGAAAAAGCACUUUAUUCCCCUUCCCUUUAUUUAUUCCAGUUGGGUCUGGUGUUUGGAGGAAACACUUGUAAUUUUAGAUAUUUCUGUCCUAAGGAGUGCCUGGCUCAUGGAGGCCUGUCAAGGCAUCUCCUGUUAAGUUUUGUUGAUUUGGAAAGGUAGAUGUUCAAUAGAUGUGAAGCAAGCAAUCCUCUUCCAUUUUGCAGGAUGGUUUGGGACAAAUUCAUUCAUUUUCUUACUAGGAAUGAAAACAAAAUUUGCUUGUUUGGAAAUCUGGUAUUUGGAGGGCAAACAAGGGCUUGAAUAUCCCAAAUGCAUUUCAAUCCUUCGUUGGAAUGGGUAUGUCUCUAUGCAAGAGGGUUUUAAAAGUAUUUUAAGUGAUUUGGGAAAAAGGGAUGGGAGGUCAUUGUUAAAACCAUGAUUAUAACAGUAUUGUAAAUCCCAUUUAGGGAGAAAAGAUGGCCAUGUGUUCAAAUACGGGGUGCCAUGUACACUGUAAUUUGCCAGAUACCAUUAUUUAUCUGCCUUUAGAAACACCUGGGGGGAGGAAGAUCUUGACAGACAGACAGAGGAAUUUUAAUUAACUGGGGAAUUACCUCAUUGCAGAGGAGUUUAAAAGUAAUCUUAAAAAAGCAAACUGUUUUGCUCUGGUGGGUGGGUUACAAGAUGCUAUCUCAGAUCAAAGGAGUGAAUGAACCGCACUAGUCUCCCACAGCACAAGGCGAGACUUUACAGCAAAUACCUGUGGGGUUUUUUCUAUUUUUUUAAAGCCUAAUAAUAAAUUGUAUUGCUGCUAAUUUAUCUCA